GCACGUAAGCUGUCGCCGCUAAAGUCGCUCCGCCGUCGAGUUCAGACUCUUAUUUUGUUAUUUUGUCCACGUCACUCCUCAGUCCGCCAGCUUGUGUCAUGGCGGCGUCCAGGCUGGAGAUCAACUUUGUGCGGCUGCUGGCGGAGAGUGAGAGCAGAGCGGGAGAGAACAGAGAGAGGGGCAGAGAGAGGGAGGAAUGGAGACUGGAACAGUACGUUGCUGCCCUGGAGGAGAUGCUGGUGGCUCUGAGGAAGAGUCCGAGCAAACCGUCUCCAGAGCUGCUGACCGACUACACCCGAAAAGUGGACUUCCUCAAAGGCCUGAUAGAGGCGGAGAAACUGUCGUCCCCGACAGAGAAAGCUUUAGCCAAUCAGUUUCUGGCUCCUGGCCGGACGCCUACGAUCUCCACUGAGCGGAUGCCGGCCUCGAAGACGGUCCACAUGCAGAGUAAAGCGCGGUGUACGGUGGAGAUGCGCUCGAACCUGCUGGGCUCAGCUGCAGCAAGCGCUGGUUUAUCUGAGACGGAACUCAGACACAGAAGCCGCAGCGUCCCUGUAGACGAGCGUCAGAGCGCGGCGGAGCUGGACGCGGUGCUGCAGCAUCACCACAGCCUGCAGGAGAAACUGGCCGAGGACAUGCUGAACCUCGCCUGCAACCUCAAAAACAACACGCUCGCCGCCCAGAACAUCAUCAAACAGGACAACCAGACUCUGACUCAGUCCAUGAGACAGGCCGACAUCAACUUCGAGAAGCUGAAGCUGGAGUCGGAGCGUCUGGAGCAACACGCGAAAAAAUCCGUCAACUGGUUUUUCUGGCUGAUGCUCAUAUUAGUCUCCUUCACCUUUAUCAGUAUGAUCCUGUUCAUAAGGCUGUUCCCCAGACUCAGAUGAUACGGCGCGUGAGUGGCGUCCGACUCGAACAGCAGGUUUAGCACAUGUGGGCAUCAGCGUCCCCGCGGGUGUGGAUGCAGACGCCACUAAAGUCAGACUGGUUGAAAGUGGGGCUGCACGAUAUGGACGAGAUGACUUAUUGCAGUUAUAUUGCUACGUAUUGCAGUUAUGAAGUAUCUCAUUAGUAAAGCCGUAAUGUGGUGGUUAAAGAUUAACCUGCAUUAUUUUGACCAAAAUAAUUUACUUUUGUUGAAUUAAAUGGUCAUUCACAGCACACAGUAAGAAGCACCAUGAUUGGUUAGAGGGUUAUUUGCAUAUUGCGGCCUUCUGAAACUAUUAUAGACCUCUGACCUCUAAAGUUGUGCAUCAUAUGUGCAUAAAUAUAUGGAUUUCUGGGUUUUCUCUGUGUGAAAAACGAGAGGUGUUUUUGUGGUGAACUAAAAUGCCCCAAAGCUGAUACUUUCUGUCCGGAGUGUCACUGGAUCCUUUGAGGAUCUUCAUGAGGACGUUUAGCAGUCAAGACAGGAAUAAUGCUACAUACAUGCCACAAGCAAGCUAACACUCCUGCGCACUGAAGCGACGUUGAAUGAAAGUCUACUAUUAAAAUGCGAGGCUGUUCUAUAUCAACACCAGCUACUCAAACUGCAGCCUAAAACCACCAAAGCCUCUAAACUGCUACAUUCGACAAAGCCUGCUAGUUUGUGUGGGGUAGUUUGGUUUUCCCUAAUAGCAAGAGGAUAGUGGGCCACUGUCGGCCCGCUGAUGGCAAAGCUGGCGGUCCACUGGCGCUUUGUUCAGCGUUUUCCAAGCGGCCCACUGGUAAUAAAUUAGAGUAUUAGACAAAAUUCCAAGUAUUAUUGCUCAUUUUCCACUCACAGUCCAAAUUACUUAUUUUUCCUAUACUUUGUAAAUUAGUUUAGUAAAUCAUUUUAAUCUAGCGCAGUGUCAGCAACAAUUUCAACGAAAUAAUUUUAUAUCAGGCCUAGUCAUUAUUUUCUUUAAUUUUUUUAUUUUUUUUAUUUUAUUUCAUUUUUUCCAGGGGAGACAUUCAAAAUCAUGCAAUGACAACAUACAAUUCCAUGCACAUGUUAAUUUCCAAUUAUAUAUCCUUUCAUACCUCUGUCUUUUUUAUUCUUUAAAAAUUACUUUUUUUCCUCUCUUUUUGACAUUCUAUAAAAAAUCAAAUAACUAUAUACAUUAAAACCUGAGAAAUUAAAUAACAUAAAAUACCUGUCAGAAAAAAAGGGGAGUACUCCCUCACAUUGUAUCUCUACAAACUCUGGUCUUACUGUCUUAGUUUAUUUUCUAAAAUAAAAGUCUCUGUGCAUUUAAAGCCUGUUUGAGGAGAUUAAAAACUUGUUAGAUCUUGUACGCAGGACAAUCUGGGUGGUCCGAGGGGGACCAGCAGUGCAAACAGUCAUUGGGGUGCUGACCUUAUCAAGCCAGCAGACCGAUGUAUGGUUGUUAUCCGGGAUUUUGGUGAAGUUAUAAUGUUAUUUCAGCGUGCAGCAGUGUUAGCCUGCGUGCAGCAAUAGUUGUAUUUCGGCUCCUUAAUGAUCUCCUAUUUCUGAGUAUCCGGCCAAGUUCGGAGGAAAAUUAGCCGUAUGGCAAAACGUAUCGGCUUUGGAGCAUUUUAGUUGACCGGCUUGGAACCAGAGUUCCUAAAAUGAUGACUUUGACUGCAGAAAGAUGACACGACUUUAAAAGUCUACUGCAAACUGCUGUAACAAAACCUUGUAUUCCUUAAAAGGCGACUUUAUCAUCUGUAUUGGUCCAAUUCACCGUAAAAUGAUGCAAUGUAAACAGGAGACCUUGAUAUGACAGUGGAAGGUGCAGCCCUGGUUGUGUUGACUGGGGAGAGUAUUCUAUACGGUCUUUAUAGUUUUGACUCAUAGCCUUAAUCUCUCACAAUGUUUCACUAAUACGUCACUGUACAACAACUGCAAAGACUGCAGGUCUGGGAAUUACUGUAAUCAAUAACGCUAAUCCAGUUCCUUCAUCUUCAUCUGUCAGUUCAUCAACUCUCGCUUCAUAAACACACUUAAAACAUUG